AUGUUACUUCCAGUAUUCUCGUUUCUAAUAUCCGUGUUUUUCGUGUCUAUCGCUCUCCACCACACAACCCGCCUCUGGUCGCUCCCAUUCAUCCUUCUCCCAUCUUACAUUUCUCUAAUAACCUCCAACCAACUUGAGGACAUUGCAGACCUCUGGGCCAUUGGUCUCGCUGUGUAUUUCAUUCAUGUCACAUCGCUGCUGUAUUUCGAGCAAUGGGUUGUUCCGCGCCCGUCGCCGGACAAGCGAUAUGAUUUUGCCGCAGCAUACAAGCUCUGGAGCAAUCCCCAGUUUCUAAAAACAGCACGACAGGUACCCGGUGCGCAUACAGUCGAUCGUGAUUAUGACCCUCCACAGAGUCGGGUCCGUUUCACCAUCGUGCGCGUGGCACGUAUCACACUGCACCUGUCGCUUAUGCACCUAUGGACAACAUACAUAUUCCCAGGCCCGUUCCUGCCCCUGACGGCCGACGACUUCUCCCCGAUUAAGGAAAUUUACUUUCGCCGGUUACUGUCAGGUACCAUAACCUACCGAGAGACGGCAAUCCGCUCCCUCAGCGCAAUCGACUGGAUUUGGACUGCCUACCUCACCCUGGACUGCUCCCACGACGCCCUCGGCAUAUUCUUCACCGUUAUCCUCCGCCUCGACAACACCACUGACUGGCAAACCCCCCUUUUCGGCUCCCCGGGCAAGGCAUACACUCUUCGCGGCUUCUGGGGCCGUUUCUGGCACCGCCUCGUUUACCGGGCGUAUACGAACUACGGGCGAUGCGUGGGGCAACGGGUUUUGCGGCUGCGGCCGGGUAGCGUGGCGGAGCGGUGGUGGUGCGUGUUUGUGGUUUUUGCGAUCAGCGGGUGUUCGCACGCGGUUGUAAUGCGGUGGGUUUGGGGGAGUGGUGGGUGGAGGGAGGUAUGGUUUUUCGGUGUGAAUUUCGUCGGGGGUGCGGUUGAGAGUGUUGUUGUGAAGUGGACCAAGGGGAGGGUGUCGUUCAGGGGAUGGGGAUGCAGGAUCCUUGGGUUCUUGUGGGUCUUUGGGUUCUUUUUCUGGAGUGUACCGAAGCGGGAGUAUCCGAAUAUCCACGCGUUGCUUUCUACAAUAUGA